UGCUAUCUACAUCACUGAUAAGCUGCAUGACUUUAAAAUCGAAGACACCAAAGGACUACCUAGGUAUCGUUCUAGCUGGCAUCGAAUGAUUCCAACACUUCUAACACGGUCCGAUUCGAUCCGAUGCUUACGCUUUAGGCCACCACCAGCCUCACACCAUCAUCACAUGACACUUGCUAAUAUAUCACAACCGCAACUCCUUCAAGCCUCCUAAGCCAGAGACAUACUUCGAACCCCUGACCAUGGCAACAUCAACCUUCCUCGGCCUCACGCUCACCCUCGGAUCCCCAGCCCUCACAGCGCUGCGCAUCGCGCCGCUGCUCGGCAGCACCGCAAGCCUGACACACGCAUACAUGGAAUGGCUGACCAACACCUCAUUCCUCGUACCCGCCCCCGUAGACUCUAGACUAAGCCGCCUCCUCCGCGGCGUCAACACAGCAUCCGAGGGUCUCGCAACCGGCGCACCGCCGCCUUCCGACGCCGAGCUCGCGGACGCAAAGCAAAUGGUCGUCCCAGAAUGGUUUACAAACUUCUUCAACACCGGCGUGGUUAGUGUCGUUGCGCUUAAUUCACUCACGGUUGUCUCGGCGUGCUUGAAUCUCGUAUUUAGUGAGGGGCUGGGGGAGAGCAAGGGGUUCUACCAGGCGGGUCUUGGGGCUGCAGUUGCGCAUUAUGCGUUUGUGCCGCUGGUGGGAAGGAGUGUGCGCGCAUUGAUUGGACUUGCUGCUACGCGGAGGGAGGGAGGGGAUAAGGCGGUAGACUGGGUCAGGGAGUGGGUUGGGUAUCAUAGGAUUCGGAUGUGUACUGUUGAUGCGCUUGCUCUGGGCUGUUUUUCAUGGGGCGUUGUGCACGCUGUGUCACCGAAAGCAUGAAGUAAUGUGUUGAACUGCUAGGUUGGUUCAGAUUUAGGGUGUGCCAGAAUAUAACUGUUGUUGCGCUUUUCUACAUAUCACUCAUCAUUAGCACUUGUACGUCACACUCCUCGACAGCCUCUGAUAUUCGGUCGAAA